AACACCCUGCCAUCCCCGCCGCCAUUUUCCGCUAGGCGAUGGAGUGGGUGGUAUCGCUGGGAUCGAUGGGCGUCGGUCGCAUUGAUAAAGGGCGAUAGACGCGGCCAACAGCGAUGAGGAGCCGCAGCGGAGCUCCUGGGCGUUCCCCGCCGCGAGGGAUUGCUGCAGCUCUGAAGAGGAGGACCAACAAAAGCUCACCAGAGUUCUGACAGAAAUGGUUUUCCCCUGGAAUCUCCCUGGCAGUGGUAGAUCUGCAGAGGACAUCCAGCUUUAGAAUCCUGGAGAUGAGCACAUUUUAUCACAUUUUCCCAGGCAGUGGAAGGUGCUGAAGAAGUAACCUGGCUCUGAGUGUGCCUCAUGUGGGAGCCUCCUUUGCUCAGCAGCCAGAGGCCGCCAGGAGCCUGGUGUGGUUCCCAGAGUGGGAUCAUUGCCAGUGAUAUCCCUGCAGCAUGGCCAGCCAGGAUCCCAGGAGCAGAAGCAAAAUGUUCCUUUUGCAAGCAGAGAGGUUUGUUUGUUAAUGUCCAUGGGAACGCCAAUGGAUGUGCCAAUGCCUCUGUGUCAGCUUGUGUGCCUCACCUUUCUGUCUGCAGCUGUUUGCAGCCUGCCUGAGAGAAAGGGGCUUCCUUACAACCUCCAGAUGGACUCCCACAAUUUCCAGCACAUUUUGUCCUGGCAGGCAGAGCAUGACCCAGCUGUGCCAGCAUCCUACAACGUGCUCUACAAAGACUACAGGAGCCAGGACUGGAUGAGUGCUCAGCAGUGUUCAGGCAUCGCCCAGCUCUCCUGUGAGCUGACAGAGGAGUUCAAGGCCAUCUAUACUGAGUAUUCUGUAUUUGUUCAGAGCGUUGGAGGAGCUCAGCUGCUCAAUUCUUCUCUGCUGCGUUUUGUGCCAUUCACUGAGACAAUUCUGGGACCACCAGAAGUGAAUGUCACUUCCUGUCCAAACUGCCUCAAUGUCACCAUAAAGCUGCCAGCCUCUCACUUCAGACAGAAUGGGAAGCUGCAGUCUUUAAUUGAUAUCUAUCAAGAGCUGGAUUAUGAUAUCACCCUGAAGUCACAGGAUGGAGAGCACAAGAGGCCACGGCAGAGAACCACUGAGGAGGUGUUCAGUGUUGUCAUUGAGGAGUUGUAUCCCAGCAGGAAUUACUGCCUGUCCGUGGGGGUCACUGCAUCCCUGAACAAGAAUUCUGUGCCCUCCCCCUGGAAAUGUGUCACUGCAGACUCAGAGGCUCAGCAAGGGUACCAUGAAGCUGCAGUGGCAGGUGCCGUCUGUGUCGCGCUGAUCAUUGCUGCAGUCCUGAAGUGUGUGCAUGCAGCAGGUUGCAUUUUCCCAAAGUUCUCCCUUCCUCAGAGCCUGGCGUUCAUCAGGAAGUUGGCCUACUCCCCGUGGGUGUCCGUGUCAGAAAGAGUGGAACUGAACUCAGUGGAGAUCAUCCUCAGAGAGGUGAAGAGCAAGGCCAGGGGCUGCACAGGCAGUGCCAGUGAUGACAGUGACAGUGACAGCAGUGACAGUGACAGCAGUGCCCCGUGUGACCACGACUACACGCGGCGGGGCAGGCUGGGCAGGGGCAGUGUCCCCCGGGGCUGUGACGCCCCCAUUAGCCCAGAGCAGUACUCAGUGGGCAGCACCUGUGAGCCCAGCAGCCCCCAGGCUGGGCACACGGCAGCUGCUGAGCCCCAGGAGCCCCAGGGCCACCCUGCAGGGGACAGGGACACGGGGAGCCAGCUGCUGAGCCCUCUGUGUGGGGACAGCCCUGAGCCCCAGGGGGACGGUGGGUGCUUCACCAUCAGCCUGCAGACGGUGCUGCUGGGCACCCUGGAGCAGGAUGGGCACGGCCCUGCAGCUGCUCCCCCAGCCCAGGAGGAUGCAGGGGACUGGCACUCUGCUCAUGGUGGGCAGGCAAAGCUGCUGCAGGACACGGCAAGUGGGCAGGGAGCACCUUGUGCUAAUGACUUCCACGAGUGGCAAAACUCCUCCUCUUCCUCUGAGGAAAGCGACUCUUUGGACUCAGACUCAGAGCAAGUAACGGGCUACAUGAGGAGAUGAAGAAGGGAGAACUGCUUUUACUUUAUAACAUAGGAAUCAGUGUUGUCCAACUCUUAUUUCUGGACUGAACACUCAGAUCUUGUCUUUUUAUUAACAUCCUGUGGUGUGGGCUCCUGCAGAAAGCUGGGGGUGUUUGUCUGGAGAAGCAUCCAGAGAGACCUUAGAGCUCCUUCUGUGCCCAAAGGGGCUCCAAAGGAGGAGCUGUGGAGGGACAGGACAAGAGGGAAUGGCUUCAAACUGACAGAGGGCAAUUUUGGAUUAGAAAUUGUUCCCUGUGAGGAUGGGGAGAGACAAUUUCCAAGGCCUGCAGGGACAGCACCCAGGGAAUGGCUGCCAGUGCCAGAGGGCAGGGCUGGCUGGGAUCUGGGCAAUGGGGAAUUGUUCCCUGGCAGGGUGGGCAGGCCCUGGCACAGGGUGCCCAGAGCAGCUGGGGCUGCCCCUGCAUCCCUGGCAGUGCCCAAGGCCAGGCUGGGCACUGGGGCUGGAGCAGCCUGGGACAAUGGGAGGUUGGUCUCCCAACCAGACCACUUUUACCAUUUUUUUAUUCUUUAUCUCUGUCACUGGAUUUUUGUGAAACCUGUUCUGCUGGCUGGAUACUGUAUUUGUGCAGAGAGCACUGAUCAAGUGGAAUAAUGGGGGCAGAGACAUGAACACUCAGCUGACAAAAGAGUGGAUCGAGGCAUUAAUGCACUUCUUGAAUUUAUUUUUGUAUCAUUUUGUACAAUUACUGAUUCAUAUUAAAAUAUUUUUAUGACAUUUAAAAUCCGAAUGAGCAAUUU